AUGUUGUCUCUUUUAUCUAAUAAAAUUAAUGAAAAACCCAAGGAAACAUUUUCCCACCCUUGGGAAAAAACUACCAAAGAUACGUACAGGAAUUAUUUUAAAUGGGCGCACAACUCUAUAAAUAAUCCUCAAUACCCGAAAAAAGAAGUAUCUCUCCAAAAUAAAGAUCGGGUGAAGUUUACAAUUAUCGGAAACAGAGUAACUAGAGAAUUUAUUUAUUGUACUCAUUUAGUAAAAACUUUGCAUAAGUAUCGUCAAAAAGUAUUUGAUGCUCCUUUAAUAAGAGGUGUAACAACAAUAGAAUGGCCAAAAAUUUGGGAUGAUUUAAAAGUUCAGUAUGGAGGCUUAGCCUACUGUCUAGAAAGUCAAGUCGCUAUUAUUUUGAAUGAUAAAUUUCUUGGUGGAGAAAAAGAAUUGAAAGAAGUAAUAGAAUCAAGAUACCAUUAUCAUGUCACAUUAGAUUAUUUUAAAAGUGGAGUUGAAAAUUUUGCCAAUUUUAUUAAAGCUUCUGGGCUGUAUUCAGAUAUAGUUCCUUACACUUGCGAAAAUUUUCUUCGACUUUGUCAAGCUAUAAAGGGCGGAUAUUCUGGUACUCCCGUCCACCGAAUAGUAAAAGAUGGUUGGAUACAAUGCGGUGGAUUUGGUUUGAAAAAUACAGAUUUAGACUGUGAAAAUUUUAUUAUUCCACAUGAUAGACGUGGUGUACUCUGCAUGGCUAAUGAUGGCAGGCAUACAGAUUGUUCUACACAAUUCUUUGUUCUACUGCAACCGGCUACUUGGAUGGCUCAUAAAUAUGUUGCUUUUGGACAACUCAUUGAUGGAGAAUCUACUUUGAAAGCAAUUGAAUCAUCCCCCACAUUUUACGAAUCUCCUAUACACAAUAUAAUAAUACAACAAGCUGGUAUAUUAAAUUUAGAAUAUCAAGAUAUAAGAAUAAAUAAAAGUGCGAACGAAUAUUUACAAAGACAUAUAGAGGAUCUUGUCGCUUUGGGUGAUCUACUAUAUGAAGAAUUAAUAGGUAGGGUGUUCCUUGAAAUGGAUUUAAAACGUAUCGCAUUAGAAGAAAUGGAGAAAGCGGAAGCAGAAGAAGUCCCAGUGGAAGAUAGCAGAAUGAAUAUCCGUCCAACUGAGAGAUUUAUUCGCAAAAAAGAAGAUAUAGAACAAUUACAAAAAAGUCAAACCCUUAGCGGCAAGAUUUCAUCCAUGGAAAUUUUAGAGGAAAGCAAUGAAUUUGACGUAGAAGUGUACGAGUAUGAGCCAGAGGAGUCUUACAAACACGUAUCAAUAGGAACCGUUAGUCUCGUUGUGAAACCUGUGAAACCGUUUUAUUUACCAUUCACAGAUGUUCCUUAUCCUGGUGAAGUUGAUUCUACAUAUGAUUUAAAAAAAUUCUUACGAGGUGAUUACUCCCUUGAAAGUGACUUAGUAAAGGAACUGCCUAAAAAGAAAGUCGAAGCAAAUAUAUCAUUUAUAUCAGAAAUUUAUAAUUUUAAUGAGGAAGCUGAAAUGAAUUCAGUCGAAUCCUUGUCCUCGGAAGACGAACAAGAAAUAAGAAGAUAUAUAAAACUGAAUGUAGAUCGUGUAAGCUUUGCUGGCAGCAUCAUCAGAAACAUUGCUCGAGGCGUCGGUAAAUACAACAUCUUCGAAGAUAUAAGAAAAUCAGAGCCUAUAACAGACGAAGAACUAAGAAGAUUCAGACUGGCAUCAAUGGAUCGUCGUUCAAAAGAUGCUCAUGAGAAAAAAGUUUCUAUAAGCCUGCCAUCGACUAAAAGAGAACCCAAUAAAAUUAAACGCCGUCAGACAGGCUUCGUCAGGUCUGAAGAUUUAGAAAAAAUAUAUCUAUUAAAUAAAUCUAGUUCACAAGACCUCGAGCCUGAAGAAAAUGGAUCUUUGACAAGCACACGCAAAGUCCGUAUAGUGGAAUCGGCGAUAGCAACACAGACGUAUAGCAAGACCCCGCGCAGAGCCACCGGCUACCCGCUCCCGCGCCAUGACGUCACCGAGUCCGACGCGGACGUGCGCAGGAAGUCCGCACUAUCCCGCCUGUACGACAAUAUGGCGGUGGACUCUGAUGGGGGACCAACGCUCAAAGAUUAUAAACCUUCAGGUCGAGCGUGUCAUCCAAAAACCUUUAUUUUAACACGGUCACCAAUAGAUCGUAUGAAAGAUGAAGAGUCUUUAAAAGAUAAUAACUAUAAUUUACGUCACUCUAUAACCAUCGAAGACAGCUCUUUUGAGCAGGUGCUAAACAUGCAACAUGGUAAAAAAGCUGCUAGAAAGAUCUCCUCAGAUUACAUAAAAACAAUCGAUCAAAUCGAGCAUCGCAAUGAAAAUUCUAUACGUAGUGUGGAGUUCGCUAAAACUCGCCCCUCACUCUCAGUAUCUGAAUAUCAACAAAAGAACUUGAAAUAUCAAGAAGAUUUCAAGAAGAGGUCAUCCACAUUGAGUGAAGAUUCAAAGCAAACAAUAACUGGUAUACGGCUGCCAGGAGACACGCCAUUAUAUUCAAUGAUUGAAGUUAGAUUUAAACAC